CAACUAUUCAACUCAGAGCCCAUAGACACUCGUCAAGUCGCCUCUUUUAGUUUCACUUCUUGAUAUUCGGUCCACGAUUCGAAACGUCCGACCUAGUACAUAUUGACGGGCGCUUGCAGCCAACUUGAACAACAGACAGGCGAGGAGUUACUAGUUAGAAACGACAGGAAUUUGUCCGUCUACAAUUUUUUGUCAACAUCACCCCCCGAGUCGUAUUAGCAACUCGAACUAAGGUCCAAGAUGCAGACAGUUGAUGGUUCAACAGCCAAUCUAGCAGGAGUCAGUCCAUCUGCGUCAUCUGAUUUGGAUAUCAUCGGCACGCUGUGUCGCAUCCUCACCCGUUCACAAGUGAUCAUUUCUGCAGACCUCACAACCCCGCACUCCUGCAGAUCUUAUCUUAUCAGCUACUCUGUCAUCGAGGACGAGGACGACUUUAGUAUCAACACCAUCAUCAGAGAACGCCAGGAGCAGUUGAAUGCAGCCUUGCAGGAGAUCUCAGACUUGGAAAGAGUUAUGGACGGCAUCAAAAACCUCCACCGACAACUCAUCGAAAAGAAGGACGGGAUUACCCAGUCCAUGAAUUUGCACAGGCGACUUGUAUCGGGUAUCUGGCGCUUACCAACCGAAGUCUUAUCCCACAUUUUUGUCCACUGUUUCCCGGAAACCAGUCACAUAUCGCCCCCAUCAAAAACGCUAGCUCCUAUGUUGUUGACCAGAAUAUGCCGACGAUGGAGGGAGAUAGCUGUGGGAAUGCCCAGCUUGUGGCGCAGGCUGCGGUUGUACAGCAACGAAGUCGGUAACAGGCGCUGGGAGUCGAUAGCUUUCUGCUAUGACUUGUGGCUCAAGCGAUCCAGAGGACAUCCGCUUUCGUUAGAAGUCUGGUGCUGCUCUGAUGACUCGAACACUAUAUUACGAGGCCUCAUACAGCCUUACAUCAAUCAAAUUUCGACUCUCUCUAUCCGUUUUUUCCCUCCAACCGACAAACCUGAACUUAUGCUCGAAAAUCUCUCAGCACUUCAGGAGCUGACCAUAUGCGCGUACGAUAGUUUUUUAAUGCCGAAUAUUGCACAGUCUAUAUCGCAAUUACCGUUCACUAUGCGCAGUCUCAAGAUAACGUUUCCGGUGCUCAAACUUCACGACUUUUCUGCUUUCACUCCCCUAAUGGCACGCCUGACAAACAUCGAGGUCGCUCUAGAUCAAAUGAAUACAGUCCCCAACAUACUCCAUCUGUGUCCCAACCUCUCCUCGUUAACAAUUCUUACAGGCGUCAAGCAGAAAAUGCGAGCCAGCAGACCAAUCAUACACACCAAUCUUCGAUCCUUACGCAUCGCUCAUGACAUUUGGAAUACGGAACAUUUAUCCCACCUGUUCGAUGUUCUGACACUUCCCAAUCUACGCAUGUUUGAAGUCCGCUAUAUCGAACCAUCGCAAAUACACGCCCUGUUCGAUGUUCUCGAUUCUCUCCCGCAUCCUAAGUCAUCCGGGAUUGAUGUACAGUCGUGGCCUCAUGGGGAUUUGAGGGCAUUGAUCGUACGAUCAAAUUGUCCUCUGAAGGGUCUGGUUUUCAGUGGUGGAGUGACGCCGACGGAUGAGCAGCGAGCGGAGUAUGUUGCCCUGAUUCCUUCCCUCGAAGUAGUUGUAUCCCGUGUGGCAAGAUGA